UAUAAUCUCUUUCCGGGUCAAUGGCCAUAAACAGUCUACGCUGCUUGAGAUGCUAGCGGUCUAGGCAACGACACACAGCAAUUAUAUCAUCGAUUUAUCACCAAAAGGAAUCUCAACCUAUUAGCGGCUCGAGUGCCCAAAUUUCCACAUAUUAGGAAGGAUAUGACAGAGCCGCGUAAUCAGGGGAUGCCCUCCCACCCUGCUGCGGCCCCCGUGCACUCUGACCCCACAUGCCUGACCGUGGACAUCGACCCGGUGGAGUACACCCUUCGCAAACGACUCCCUCGCAAGCUUCCAAAGCGGCGCAACGACGUGUACGUCAACAUGAAGACGGACUUUCGGGCUCAGUUGGCCCGCUGUCAGAAGCUGCUGGACGGCGGCGGACAUCGGGAGAUCUGCGUGCACGGCCUGGGCCUGGCUAUCAACAGGGCCAUCAACAUUGCGCUGCAGCUGCAGGCCAGCAGCCAGGGGGCGCUGCAGUUGGCCGCCAACACCUCCACGGUCGAGCUGGUGGACGACCUGGAGCCUGAGGACCCCGAUGAGGCCGGGGAGCCCCUGACCCGCACACGCAACAACUCAGCCAUCCACAUCAAGGUUUUCUACCCUGACCCCCAGUGACUGCAAGUGCGUGUGUUCCUCAACAACCAUCUCCAUGCAUGCAUGUGUGUAUAAACUUUGUUAUUACAUCCGUUGGCAGCUUUGAAAGACUACAUUUUUCUUUUUUUUUGCAUAUUUUACGGCAAAACGCCUGCAGAUGAUUAUUGUUUAUAAACUAUGAAUCAAAACUGCCGCACCAUGCAUGCAGUGAGUACUCUCUAGUAUGAUCAGGGGUGCCCAGACCUUUUCCACACAGGCCCUCAUACUGAAAAGAUUCAUAAGACCUCUGGAUAUUUUUAACAUGCAAGCGAGGGCUGGAUGCAAAAACAUGGAAGUAUGCAGUGGCCACUUUGAAACAUGUUGUAUAUUAAUGAUAGUAAACGUAAUACCAUGUAGGUCAAUAUAUGCUAAAAUGCCAAACGUUCUAAACAAAUACAGUAAACAAAGCGAAUUAAUGCAAUGUCUAAUGUAAACCUCUUGAGAUAGAUGAUUCCUUGUGUGUGUGUGUGUGUGUGUAUAUAUAUAUAUAUAUAUAUAUAUAUAUAUACACACACACACACGGGGCUUCACGGUGGAAGAGAGGUUAGUGCGUCUGCCUCACAAUACGAAGGUCCUGAGUAGUCAGGGUUCAAUCCCGGGCUCGGGAUCUUUCUGUGUGGAGUUUGCAUGUCCUCCCCUUGAUUGCGUGGGUUCCCUCCGGGUACUCUGGCUUCCUCCCACUUCUAAAGACAUGCACCUGGGGAUAGGUUGAUUGGCAACACUAAAUUGGCCCUAGUGUGUGAAUGUUGUCUAUCUGUGAUGGCCCUGCGAUGAGGUGUUGACUUGUCCAGGGUGUACCCCGCCUUCCGCCCGAUUGUAGCUGAGAUAGGCACCUGCGCCCCCCGCGACCCCAAAGGGAAUAAGUGGUAGAAAAUGGAUGGAUGGAUAUAUAUACUGUACUGUAUAUAUUUUACAGUACAGGCCAAAAGUUUGGACACCUGCUCAUUUCAAUGUGGUUUCUUUUUUUUUCAUGAUUGAUUGUCACUGAAGGCAUCAAAACUAUGACACCUGUGAAGUAAAAACCCUUUCAGGUGACUACCUCUUAAAGCUCAUUGAGAGACUGCCAAGAGUGCGCAAAAGAGGAAAGGGUGGCUAUUUUGAAGAAACUAGUAUACAAAACUUGUUUUCAGUUAUUUCACCUUUUUUUGUUAAGUGUAUAACUCCACAUGUGUUUAUUCAUAGUUUUGACUAUGAUCGUAAAUAGUCAUGAUAAUAAAGAAAACCUAUUGAAUGAGAAGGUGUGUCCAAAUAUUUGCCUUUAUUAUAUAUACAUUUUACCAAGCCAGUUAAACUUUAAGGGCUUUAGCGCAAACUAUUGCCACACAUUUGUUCCAUAAGUUUUAUCAAAGACCACAUACAGUCUCUCGCCACAUCGUGCUUCAAAUAUUGUAGCUUACUGACAAUGCAAAUUUCAUAAAAAAUAUUGUUUAGGCAUCAUCUACCUUUUUGGGGGGUCCUAAAAUAAACAUUUUCAAGCAUUAUAUCGCUAAAUAGGCAAAAUAUAUGCAAAGACUAAAGUGGUUUGGUCUCCUCUAGUGGCCAAAACUAAUCAGUGUUCUGUUCAGUAUUGUAACCACUGAUUGCCUCAGCCUCAGGCAUCAUUACUUUAUUGGAUUAAAGAAUUUCAAGGAGACUAAAGAUGUAACUUCAUUUCAUGGGCAUUCAUAUUGUGGAAAAACAUAUUUCUAGAAAGUAGUAAACUGUUUUGUGUUGCUUUAUUGUCAUUGCACUUAAAAGUACAAAAAUAGUUUUUAGUACAACCCGUCUAAGAACAGACAUACAAUAUACAGGGGUAGACAGAACAGGAAGACUCAUUGGUCACAACCAAGCAGAGCUCUGUAAAAAGGUUGGAGGGAGAGGGUAGCAAUUCCCAAACUAAGCUCUUGUUAAAGAGAAGGGCUCUGUUUGAGACCGAAAAAAACCCUCAAGCAUUUUAGGCACAGAUAAACACAUAUUACACUCUGUGAACCCAAAACAUUGCAGCGGGGGAGAUAUGUCCAAGCAGGCCACUUUCCACAGUCACAGCCAGGAUGAAAGGACCAAUUUAAUACGGGGGAGGUGGGGGAGGGGGUAUCUUAGCUGGGGAGUCCCAUAGAAAUUUUGCCAAGCUGAUCCAUCGGGAAGACGGAAUCCAGAUUGGAAUGUUCCAAAUUGCAAUUUAGUUCAGAAAUUACUAUGACCUAAGUACCCACAGCUCUACCUAUCACAUCAAUGAUGUGAACGGCUGCCAGCUUCAUUAGACUUUGUCGAUACACCAGUGCAACUCUUACUCCAAUCAAAUAUCCUGUUAUCAUGAUUUUGAAUAGAUGGGUGUCUUCAAUGUCCUCGACUGAAGGACUCGCCAGGCAAACGACCUUUCAAUUCUCCCAAGAGUCCAUUGUGUAUCCAGCAACAAAUGUUUUGUCAGGACAGACAAGUUCUCCCAAACCUGAGUUUCUCAGGGAGAAGACCUUGUAAAUGUUGAGAGGCAAGUUAAUUCCAUUGUUUGAAUUUUGGAGAUCAGUGCAAAACGAUGUUCCAAGACGAGACAUGAAGCAAAAGCAGGAUAGCUAAGGGAAAUUUCUGCCUUUUUAGAGAGCCAACAAAGUUUUUUGUGUGAAAAUAAUCGAUUCUACUUUUGCGAAAAAUCAUUUAUCGCAAUCAUGUCCAUAAAUCUCUUAACAUAAAUAAACAAGGAGUGUCUUUUUUGUUGUAGUUUAGGCCAGUUUCAUUCUGUUUUUUUUGUGGGAUCUUCUAAUUCGGGACAUGUAUUGUCUUUAGAAUGCGUCACGGGCCAAUCAAAACAAAGCUGUAUGCUGCAAAAUAGUACUUUGGACACCCAUUCUAUACUCACAAAUAAAAUGGUCAUCUCCUGGAUAUAGUUGAGCAAAUGCAGUUGAGAAUAAGUUGUUUCACCCGAACUGAUAAAAUGAGUAUUUUGUCAUGUGGAAAGACACAUCCAGAUGUAAAUCUGUUUCAAAACAUGGGUAUACUAGGAUUUCCAUUUCAACUUUGUCUUGACUGUUUGUAAAAUGAGCCGUAGGCCAUCUUAAGAUGAGCUGUGGGCAGCAAAAGGCUCUGUACACCCCUGGUCUAGUUGUGUUGGAUAUAAGGUCCCAAACGUAAACACAAGAUUUGCCACAACUACUCACAAGGAGGAAAACAACAUGAAGGGGACAGCACAGUCGUUAACACAAGACAGAACUUGUUCUUUUUUUCCCCCUAGGGUCGUUCAGGCAUAGCUUGGACUUCUAUUGCAGGUCAUUAUCUUACUGCAGGAUCAACCCCUGACCAACUAUGGUGCAUACCAGAUGUUAGAUGGAUGCUUUGGUAGCUCUUCAAUGUUUGACCACAAGUAUUGUGUUCCAAAUGCAGUCAAUUCCUUUGCAGAUCUUGGCUGGUGUUGUAUGAAAUAAUCCACUAGAUGUCAGGAGACAAAUGUUUCUUGUACCUUUUGUUUUCCAUCUUUAAAGGUGGAUAUUAGUUUAGUGCUGUUAUUUCAAUGGAAUUGGAGUGAGAAUGGUGCCAUUCAGUCACGAAUAAAGUUUUGUGUCAUGUA